GGAAAAACUCACUCUUCGUUACUAUCCGUCUUGCCUUAAACCCUACCAUCCGAGUCGCCGCCGAGUGGACUCGCCAUGGCGGACGUCGUCCAAUACCCCCCCGAGCGGAUGGUCAAUGAGCUCGAGGACCUCGAGAAACGCGGAAUCUUCACACGCGUUGAGAUCGCUGAGAUCGUGAAGCAGCGCCGGAAGUUCGAGUACCGGCUGAAGAGGCCGAGCCCGCUCAAGGAGGAUUUCAUUGCGUAUAUCGACUACGAGACUCAGCUCGAUCAGCUACGCCGCUUGCGAAAGAAGGCGGUGGCGCAUGAGGCCAAGAAGAAGAUGAAGAAGUCGGUGUCUGAUUUCUCGGGCGUCGCGAGGAUCGUGGAAAUCUAUAGGCUGGCGACUAUGAAGUAUAAGGGAGAUAUCAAUUUGUGGUUUAGGUAUCUCGAGUUCUGCAGGCAGAAGAAGAAUGGGAGAAUGAAGAAGGUGUUGGCUCAAGUGAUUAGAUUUCAUCCUAAAGUUCCUGGAGUAUGGAUAUACGCUGCAGCAUGGGAGUUUGAUCAAAAUUUGAAUGUUGCAGCAGCUCGUGCUCUUAUGCAGAAUGGUCUGAGAGUGUGUCCACACUCAGAAGACUUGUGGGUGGAGUACCUUCGCAUGGAGCUCACAUACCUAAAUAAGUUAAAAGCUCGUAAACUUGCCCUCGGUGAGGUUAAAGGAAAUCUGUUAGGAGACAAGAAAAGCGCCGAGGACGGGAAAGAGACGGGUGAAAUAAACGAUGAAUUUUUGCCUAUAGUUGUGGAAGAAGGUUCCAACGUUGAAGAUGAUGAUACUAGUGAGAAAGUGGAUGUCUUUCAGGAAAAAGGGUCGGAUGUUCUUCAGACCAUAUAUAGUGGAGCAGUUGAAGCACUUCCUUCUAGUUUUAGCUUGAGACAACGCUUUUUAGAGAUUUUGGAUGGAACUGAUUUGGCCCGUUCAGAAGAAAUCCGAAAUCCGAUUCUAAGUGACAUGAAAAGAGAUUUCUGCAGGGAGCCUGGAUACUGGGAUUGGCUUGCAAGAUAUGAAAUGAGUGAUUCUAUUAGCCGAGGGACGAGCAAAGGAAUUGUGAAUUCUCAACUGCAAAAGGCUAUUCAGGUAUAUGAGGAAGGUAUACGAACCGCUACUUCGAGCGCUAUGUUUGAUAUGUUUAUUAAGUUCUUGAUGGAGAUUAUUGCACCAUCAAACAGCGAUGAUAAUCAAAUUUCUCCAUCGUCCAACCACACUUCGGAUUGUGUUUCACAUCUCAUUAGUGUGUACCAAAAGGCUGAUGCAACUGGUUGUUUGACUGAGGAUCUUGCUUGCAAAUAUGUUUCUUUCUACUUGCAACUGGAAAGGACACAAGAGGCUCAGAAGCUAUCUGAAAAACUUUGCUCCGGAAGAUUUAUGGGGUCAGCUAAGUUAUGGCUUUCAAGGAUCUCAAUCAAAAUGAGAUCCCUUUCAAAGGAUUCCACUUCUCCUAGUAACGAAGAUUCACAGUCAAUCUUUGAUCUUCUCUCUAAUGCUUUGAAAAAAGUGCCGAUCUCCGAAUCUGAGAGCUUGUGGCAAAUGGCCCUUAAGUUCUUCGCUAAUCAGAGAAAUUAUCUUGACAAGCUCAUCGAGAUGUCCGUUAUUUUGGUAACGAAAGGCGGUGGAGGUGACCAUGGGUUUUCUCCUGCUUCCAUGGUUGUAAAUUUUAUUCUUCAAACUAGAGGGAUUCAGAGUGCAAGAGAGGCAUACAAGAGGUUCCUCGCUCUUCCCCACCCCGGACUCGUUCUCUACAGAGUCUGCAUCGAGAUUGAAUCGAACCUUGCAUCUCUAGGUGAUAAAGAUUGUCUCAGAAAUGCUCGGAAGUUGUAUGAUUCUGCUGUUGCAACGUACAGCCAAGAUGCGAAACUAUGGCAGGAUUACUACUCAAUGGAGACAAAGCUGGGAACGUCAGAGACAGCAAAUGCGGUGCAUUGGCGUGCAAGAAAGACUCUCAAGGACUCGGCAGGAUUCAUCGUACCACCUGAUCUGUUAUGAUCGAUCGAAACUGGGUUUUGUCCGAAAUUUUUUGUCCUGCAAAACAGAGUAGGUGUAAUAUCAUCAGCGACUUAGAGUGGAUUGUCCGAGGACGGUGAUGUUGUUUUCUGACCCCAAGAAAUGGAAUUUGGUUCAAGAAAUUGUCUUUUGAAAGGCUGGAAGUUGUUUCUAAGUUUUUGGAACCAUUUUUUAGGCAUUGUUGUUUCUGUUUUUGCCCAAACAUGACCUGGUUUUUGAAGAUGGAUAUGGUAAAAUCCUGUAAAUUGCAGUGAUUUCUAGACUA